GUCUCUCGCGCUGCACUCUCCGAAGCGGGCAAGCGGAGCCGUCGCAAUGGUGUCGUAGUGCAGCCCACCGGGUCGUUACACGUCGAACCGGCGUUUUUUGCGACUUCGCACGUGGUGAGGCACGAUCCCAUUGGCGACAGAGAGACGCCAGUCCCGAGGUCCUGUUCUUUCCGUUGGCGUCGUCGUGAGCCACGUCGUUCUUCGCAUUCCACGAUGAGCGGCCGCGUAGGAGACCUCACCGAGCAGCAGAUGACAGCGCUCGACGAACUUCGGGCGAACGUCGAUGACAUCCUGCGGCCUAGUCACGACGACUAUUUCCUGUUGCGGUGGCUAAGAGCUCGCAACUUCAAUGUCGCCCAAGCAGAAGCCAUGCUGCGAGAGAACCUACAAUGGCGCAAACAGAAUAACGUGGACACGAUACUGGAAGACUACGAACCUACAGAGGUCCUUAAAAAGUAUUACCCCGGAGGUCUCGUGGGUCACGACAAAGAAGGCUGUCCACUCUGGAUCAUUCCUUUCGGCUACACAGACAUCAAAGGCCUUUUCUAUUCUGUCAAGAAGUCUGAUUUCAUCAGACACAUUAUUCAGCAGCUUGAGUACAGCGCCCAGGAUAUGGCUGCGCAGACAGAAAAGCUCGGCCGGGUGAUAGAGAUGCACAGCUUCAUAUUCGACCUUGAAAACUUCAACCUAAAACAGAUUGCGUGGAAACCAGCUCUCGAUAUGAUCAUCAAUCUGGUCACAAUGUAUGAAGACCACUACCCCGAAAUGCUAAAGAAGGCCUACGUCAUAAAUGCUCCCAAGAUCUAUCCCAUCAUAUACAACAUGGUGAAGCCAUUCCUCAGCGAAGAGACGGCGAAGAAGAUACACGUGUUCGGCAAAGACAAGUGGAAAGAUGCCCUUCUACAAGACAUCGCCCCCGAAGAGCUGCCCGUGCACUGGGGCGGAACCAUGACGGGACCCGAUGGAGAUCCGAGGUGUACGCAUAUCGUGGGAGCGGGCGGCCCAGUGCCGUGCUCGUGCUACACGGCCCCUUCGAGGCGCCUCUCGUCGGACCAGAACCUGAAGAUGUGCGUGGUCGAGAAGAAGUCGGCCGUGCCACUGACGGUCGAGGUGACUGAAGCCGGCUCUAUCCUGCGCUGGGAGUUCCAGACCGAGAACUAUGACAUCGGAUUCGGCGUCUUCUUCGUGCCAGACUCGAUCGGCGCCGUGAACGGUGACGGCAGCGGCGACAUGCAGGAGCUGGUUGCCAUGCAGCGCGUUAACUGCCACCUGGUGCCCGAAGACGGCAUGCUCGUCUGCAGCGCGCCCGGAAAAUAUGUGUUGAAGUUCGACAACAGCUUCAGCUGGUACCGGAGCAAGAAGCUUCUCUACCACUACCAGGUGCUCCCGCCGACGCCGGCGUAAUCAAUGGACGGUUGCCUCAACAGCCGACUUUCCAACGGCUUAUUCUUCUUCAUGAUUCUCGUUUUUUUUCCCUCUCGUUUCUUUCCUUCGUGUGUAUUUUCGUGCUCGCGUCGGUUGACGUCGGCAAAACUAAUGUUCCGUAACUCCAUCCAGCAGUUAACAAUUGAUAGCUUGCACAUGACGUCAGGGACGCUGCUUCUUAAUGUACCAGUGCUACCAACACGGGCACUGUAAUGACGUCUAUAUGACGCAUUAAUCUGUUCAAACGUCGCAAAGAUGCGGCCGGAACAUUAUUGGUCUCUGAUCCUGAAUAACGACAGAGUUACACGUCAUGUGAUGUCAGUCGACCUUAAUGCGUGGCCACAAACCUAGCCUACCAUCAUACUGGUGCAACAACAUGGCGGCUUCGGUGACGUCAGGGCAAUCCAUCAAUAAGGCGGCAGAAGGCGAUGAAGGCAGGCUGUGAAUAUGAGCUUUUAACUCUUUGUAUAAGUUUUAGCUGUUUUAGAACACGGCUACUGCGCUUACAGCACGAGAAUAAAAAGAGUUAGCGUUAAAAACACUAACAAGCAUCGAGUGGAUGCAGGUAUAUAGGCGAAAUCUUAAACUGUCGAUAUAGUUAGCGUCUUGCGCAUGCAAGGAAGUAACUGAGCGGAAAUUACUUAGGAAGCUUGUAAGCUAUAACAGGGUCUUUCCGGCUAUAUCUAUAGAUGGUUAGUUCAAGGUCUAGUGUUUUCUCGUAGCGACAUGUUUUUUUAGCCUUAAGUUUGUCAAGCGUCAGAAAAAAAAACGGUUUCGUGCAUAGUUUAGUCCACCCGUUCUUUACAGUGGCACAGCACAUCGCAGCAACUUCGAAUAACCAUAUAAACUGCGGAAGAGCAUGAGGUU